AUGCCGAAUGUGGAGAUGGAGUCGGUGGGGUCGGACAUUUACCAACAUAUCCAUGAGGCGGCGGAAUACGACCCGGAUGAUCUAUGGAUGUCCGAACCACGGCGCCCUCAAGUAGCCGCGACCGGUGCGACUACCGGAGGGGGAAACACCACGCAGAGGAUCAGAAUCUCAGCGAUUUCUGAGCUGAAAGAAUUCUCAGGGAAGGAUCGGGAAGAAGACAAAGCACGGACCUAG